UGGCGGACUGCCAAUAUCGGGCGGGUCGGCUGAUCCAUUUCUUAUGACUUUCUUGAUGUUUAUGUCCAUCAAAAUGAUUAACUAUGGGUGUACAAGGUCACUUUAAGCUUGUGAGACCUUUUGAAAUGACUAUAGAUGGAUAUCAUUGUGUAAAAUACGUCCUGGAAAACAUCGAUUAACAACUAUUGUCGCCGAGCUUGCUAUUGACUCGGCAGUUCGCCGAUCGUGUCAGAAUUUCGUCAAGAGCUGUGUAAAUAUCUUCGUGAUGAUUUUAUCAGAACUUUGUCACCGUUGAAAUAUUGAAGUUAAUUCUUAUUUAUUGACGUUAUUAGAAUAUUCUCAGUGGUUUGAUUCCUGUAGACUGGUGAAGACAACGAUUGUAAGCUUCUGGUUGAUGCUCGUAUUGAUGUUAACUGUGAAACGGCUGCUAAAAUAAUUCAAUAUGUGGAAUAUGAUGUGUGAUGUGAUGCCCACUAUUGCUGAGGAUAGCAUAUCUCAGCGGGGCUCACAGUUUAGUGGUGAUGAUGGAAAUUUGGAGCAGCUUAUGGUGUCAAUGCUUGAUGAACGAGACAAACUCCUAGACACCAUUAGGGAAAAUCAGGAAAAGCUUAGUGAACUUGAAGCUAAAUUCCAGGACCUGCAAAAAGAACGAGACAGCUUGCAGCGGCAACUGGAUGCUAAUUUACCACAGGAAUUCGCAACGCUGACGAAGGAGCUGAGCACAGCUCGCGAGAACCUGUUGGAGCGCGAUGAGGAGAUCAACGAGCUCAAAGCUGAGCGCAACAACACCAGGCUGCUGCUGGAGCACCUGGAGUGCCUGGUGUCACGACACGAGCGGUCAUUACGCAUGACAGUUGUUAAGAGACAAGCAGCGUCACAGUCCGGCGUGUCGUCGGAGGUCGAGGUGCUCAAGGCUCUCAAGUCGCUCUUCGAGCACCACAAGGCUCUCGACGAGAAGGUUCGAGAGCGGCUGAGGGUUUCCAUCGAGCGAUGCAGCGUUCUGGAGUCGGAGCUGUCACACACACGGGAUGAGUUGUCGCACUACAAGAUGGGCAAGGUGCCUGGCGACGGCGCUGAGAGCGACCGCAUCAACGGCGAGACGGACAUCAUCGACGCCUCGUCCAGAGUCACUAAUGGCUCCGCCCCAGACUCCGCUGCGACAGUGGAGCUAUCGGCUGCGAGGGAGCGGGUGCGGGAGCUGCAGAGUCGCCUGCAGGAGAUGGAGGAGACGCUGCAGGUCACACAGAAGGAACUCAUCAAGGCGCAGGACAUCAAUGCCAGACUGCAGCGUGAUCUUAAGGAGAACGUGGCACAGAAAGAAGACCAGGAGGAACGCAUCGCGACGCUGGAGAAGCGCUACCUGAACGCACAGCGCGAGAGCACUUCACUGCACGACCUCAACGAGAAGCUCGAGGAGGAACUCAAGAGCAGGGAGGCGCAGCAUAAGCUGCAAGAGGACAAAAUCCGCGCCAUUCAGGAGAAGCUGGAGCUGAGCGAGCAGAAGCUGGCGCAGUACGCCAAGCUGCCGGACGUGGAGCAGGAGCUCAAGCAGCGCAUGGAGGCCUUGCACCAGGUGCAGGAGAAGCACGGCACCGCAGAGGACCGCAUACACCGACUGGAGGGUCAGCUCGAUGAGAAGAGCGGCGAGCUGCUCCGACUUAACCAAAGACUUAAAAUGAAUGAGGAGCACAACGCUCGUCUCUCUGCUACUGUCGAUAAGCUUCUUCAGGAAUCAAAGGAACGACUUCAAGUGCACCUCGAGGAACGCAUGCACAGUCUCGAAGAGAAGAAUAAUCUCACUGCCAAGCUCGACAAGACGCGCAAAGAUCUCGAGGAUGCAGCCAUGGAAAAGACUGAGAUCCUGAAAGAAUUGGCUCGGCGGCAGGUUGACGCUGAGCAGCUGAAGCAGCAAAUGCUACAGCAAGAAAUUGCUUUUAAUAUAAAGCAAACUGAAGCACUUACCAGGUCGCUAUCCCCAAGUAUGGGUGGAGGUGUGCCAGGAGACUUCGUACGCAGCGGCUCCCACACGAGUUUCGACUCGCGGUCUCUGCCGCGACACGCGGGCGGCGUUCCGGGCUCCCAGUCUCAGCCCCCGCCCAUCCCUAAGCGACCUCCUACCCUCACCAUGCCCGAUGAAAAUGGACAAAUUGGUGGGCGAUGGGGUGAAGGAGUUGGCAGUGGAGGUCACCCAGCGUUCCCAGGAGAUGGGGCGGAGUUGGUGGUGUCAGACAACGACGUUGACGACGCAGAGUCUCUCUUCUCCCUCAUCUCUCCCUCACCUCACACCGACGCUCAGACACUUGCUAUUAUGCUGCAGGAGCAGCUUGAUGCCAUCAAUAACGAGAUCAGACUGAUUCAAGAAGAGAAGCAAAGCACAGAAGCGCGAGCGGAACAACUGGAGAACCGCGUGGUGGGUGGAGUGGUUGACCACCACAUGAUGCGACCGCCUGCUCGCCCUCCACUCCCACUCGACCACUCACCCCCACUCUCGGGGCGCUCCACCCCCAAUGCUCAACAGCCUCCUCUAUCUCCUCAGCGGGACUACAUGCACAAGUAUCACACGGCCCCGGCUGGCAUGUCCCCCUCCCAUAUGUACCAGAUGUUCUCGGACCGACCACCGACCGGGGGUGCCUCCCUCCCUGGCUCUCAGGCCAACAUCCCCGGGCUAAACAGAAUGGAUGGGAGGGAUGACGGCAGCCAAAUGUCGCUAGGAGGUCCCGGCAUGCACCCCGAAGGGUCUCCUCCGACACCCCGGUCUCACCGUCUCGGACCUCCUGUCGGGGGAGUUAUGGGCCCCAUGCUCACUGGAGGAGGUCUCAUGACCUCUUAUCCACCUAACUUGGCUGUGUCGUCUGAAGACCUACGACGGUACACGCCUAUGCCGGACCACUCGCCUGCCACUUCCACGAUGCCAAGGCUUCAACAAUACCAGCCUUAUUCGCCUGGAGGGCUAAACUCGAGCCAAGGUCCGAGCUUCUCUUCGGGCAACCUGGCUCUCUCCAACCCAUUGUUCAGAGGGUUGGGAGAGUCGACACACUCAACCCCCUCUCCCCUCUCGUCCCACCACAGCAGCCAGGAGUCUUUGCACAAGGGAGGCAUGGCGUCACAACCUAAGAAGAAGGGCAUCAAGUCUUCACUAGGUCGUUUCUUCAGUAAGAAGGAUAAGCAGCAGCAACAACAAGUGAAAGUCAAAGAGGCUAUGCAGCACGGAGGCUUCCAUCCCGGCGCGCUGUACAGCGAUGGCGACAUAGGGUCAUCUGACUCGCUCUCCCUGGCAGGCCUCGGCGGGGCUCAGAAGAGCGACUAUGACCGCAGGGGCAAAAAGAACAGCAUGCCUGGCUACCGUCACGAGCUGCUGGCGGAGGCUAUGAAAGCUGGCACGCCCUUCGCGCUCUGGAACGGUCCCACGAUCGUGGCGUGGCUGGAGCUGUGGGUGGGGAUGCCUGCUUGGUACGUCGCCGCGUGUCGAGCUAACGUCAAGUCGGGCGCCAUCAUGUCAGCUCUCAGUGAUGCCGAAAUUCAGAGGGAAAUAGGCAUAUCUAAUCCCUUACAUCGACUAAAAUUAAGAUUAGCUAUUCAGGAAAUGGUAUCCCUGACGUCUCCGUCAGCACCUCAGACAUCGCGAACAACUCUUGCAUUCGGCGACAUGAAUCACGAGUGGGUUGGGAACGAGUGGUUGCCUGCGCUAGGGCUGCCCCAGUACCGUACUACCUUCAUGGAGUGUCUGGUAGACGCUAGGAUGCUCGACCAUCUCACCAAGAAAGACUUACGCACGCAAGUCAAAAUGAUCGAUGCAUUCCAUAGAACAUCGCUGCAAUUCGGCAUCACGGCUUUGAAGAAGCUCAACUACGACCGCGUGGCGCUGGAAGAGCGGCGACGAAAUAGCGAAGAAGACAACACCGACGUCCUCGUGUGGACCAACGAAAGAGUCAUGAAAUGGGUUGCUUCUAUUGGGCUUAAAGAUUAUGCAAAUAAUUUGUUUGAAUCUGGAGUGCAUGGAUCACUCAUAGCGUUGGAUGAGAGCUUCGAUUCCAACGCACUCGCCCUUGCUCUGCAAAUACCAACUCAAAAUAAUCAGGCCCGACAAAUGCUGGAGCAAGAGUUCCGGAAUUUGUUGAACAGCGGAACGGAACGGUCUGACGGUGGACACACCAAGUCUUGAUAUGAGGCACCGCCUGGCCAACACCAGGUCCUGGCUCGACUUGUCUGAUGCUUCUGCACAGUAGACAAAUCUGAACUUCAUCGAGAUGCCGACGAGAAAAUUGCCGAAGUGUGGCUUGCUCACCAUUAUGUUCUGCAUAGUAGCAUCGCUAUGUCAGGGGACGGUAUGUUGCGUCGGUGUUUUCCCGCAUGUUGUGCUACAGUCGGGAAAUUUUACCUCGAAGUUGGUCCACAUUCCUUUGUCGUGGUGCUAUUUAUCUUUAUACAGCUGUGGUUGAUGCCAGCACUUUACAGUAUUGGCAUAUCAUAUGCGACGGAUUAGCUCAGAUUUGAAUUUGUCGAGCUUCAUUUUGUGCCAGUCUUCAACAUAUUCCCGGGAAUGAACGGUUGGAGUCUGAUGUUAAUUAUUGAUGACUCUUCUCUUGGGAAUCAUAAUACCUCUGCUGCUGUAAUUUAACCAGCUAACUUAAUUUUUAACGUAUACUAAUUUGUUCGUGAUUUGUAAAGGUGCAGCUGUGAAGGGUUGCAGUCUUAAUUGUUGUGCUUGUUGUUCCCGAAUUUGAAUUCAAAUAGGAGAUAAUUAAUUGCCGUGAAUUACAAGCUUUUUAGAGUACGGAGGUUAUGUCUUCAUUUUAUGAAAUUAAUGAAGUUUCGGACAAUACUCUUAAAGCUUCCAUAAAUUCAAUGCCAAACUUUAAAGUAUGGACUAAUGAAAGGAAGACUCUCCUAAUGAGAAAUUGUAACGAGUGCGAGCUUUAAUUCCAUGCGGGUGUUUUUCUGAUGUUGAUUGAUUAUAGCCCGGCUUGUGUCGAUCUUUGCUGGCGUGAUUGGAUCUCUGUUCGUGCUAUUGCUCUGGCCUAUCCUGUACUCACCUUAAUGCUAAGAACUGUGCGUUUGAGUUUCCUGGUGCAGUGUUGUAAAGCCACGAGUAUUCACGCUUUGAACACAAGUAGAACAAGUGUAUAGGGAGCACUGCUAGCGAUUUCCAGUGGUAGACAAUAUUACUUGUUAGUGAUGUUCACAGUGCUAGUUGGUCAUUUUUUCGAACGAGAAGUGAAUUUUCUACCGAUCCAAUGAGUACUUACUGAGUAGCGCAGUACGCUUUAUUUGCUGCUCAUUUGAGUUUUCUUCUCGAUCUUAUAAUUUUUUUUGACGCGUUGUUUAGUUAAUUUUCACUGAUGCCUACCUCAUUACUUCUUUCCUCUAUUGUUGAUAACACAUUGGCCACAUAGUAGCGCGUUUUUACUGACCAUAAUGAAGUGAUGCUUAGGCUGAAAUAUCAAUUGACACACAUCACUGUAGAAUAAGCGCUCACAUGUUGAAUCUAUGUCCGUUCUUGUCAAGGUAUCGUGCCAUGAUUAUUUAAUUACUUUUAGUCUUUAAAUUCUAGUUGACGGUUGUCCGUGGGGCAGCAUUUUUAACAUCUAUUUAUUAAUGUAAAUUGUACAUUUCUGUUACUCAAAUUUUGUGUAUUGGCGAGUUGUGGAGCUUGCAGGUGUGAGUGAUGUGAACAGGAGUGUAUAGACAGAUCAAAAUCGUUCUCCCGCUGUAGCAAUUAACCCUGUUCAAAGUUCGUGUAACCCUAACCAAAGUUUUCUCUUGCUGCUCGCGGAUCUGGUCACGCUACCAGAAUUUGCUUUAACUAUAGAUAUAAAAGUACUACUAUUCUAUUACUAGCAGUAGGUACGUGUUGUCUCUGCACCAAACCGUUGCUAGUUUCCCUGAACUUUCCUUUUAUUGGGAAGGCCCACAUAGCAGUAACAUGCUUCAUUGUUCUGAAGUGUCAGGUUGUAGUGGAGUUUAUAAGAGACGUACUCAACCCUAAGUCGCUUGACAUUCCAUUCGUGUACUGCUAUCGUUGAGGUAGCAUGUGUAUAAUGAACUUCCUGCGACAGUUCCCUACUUACUCCUGUCAUUUCUUACAUGCUCAGUUCUGUUUCAAUAUCAUAGUAGAUAUUUUAUUUUAUAUAAAUGAUUGUACAUAUUUUACAUUGAUUGCUAGGUGUUUAUAGCGCGCAUCUUACUGUGUAAGUAGUCUUGAGUUGAGUAGCAAAUAACUUCUCUGGUAGCUAACAUUCGCUAUCUUUUUACUCGUGCCUUCUCCUGCGAAGGAUUAUGAAGCUUGGAGUAAUAUCUUCCAGUUAAAUGAAGUGCCAUUCGUCUGGAACACAUGAUUCGUUCAUACUCUCAGAACUCCAGAAAUUGUAGGGUAUUGCAGAUCACAAAUGGCACAUUUUCACAAUUAAAUUUUGCAUUGAAAAAAUAUGUGUAUGCGAGUUUAUUUGUCAACAGUCAACUUGAAAAUGUGUCCGGCGCUUACUUAAAAUUUCAAUUUUAUCAGAAGAUUAUUCUCGUCAAGAAGCAGUUCCAAGUUUUUUUUUUAGUUUGUAGCUCAAAAUAUUCAAGAAAGACAGUGAUGACUGCAUCUUCCAAAGAAUUCUUUUUUGUCGCGCUGAUCAAAUGACAUCACGAGAUGACUGAAGGAGGUAUCAGUAAUUUCUUUUUUAUCUAUGAAUUUCCAUUCCUGAGUCGCAAGUUGUGUAGUACAUGAAGUUUUGUAAA